AUGUUACUGGCCGAAUGUCUGGACCUCUCUCGGACUGCAUGGACCCCGAUCCCAACCACCUCGACCCAGCUGCACAGUUCCGAAGCAGCCCUCCACUCUCUGGAGAGCACACCAUGUCGAGACCUGCAAUGUUCGCCAUGGAGAUCAGCGUGCAGCACGACCCGCAGACUGGCGAGCAGCGCAUCCUGUCGGCCAACCGCGUGAGCCCGUUGGACGCGGCGUCCCGAGGCGUCAAAGUCUACGACGACGGCAAGAAGGUGGUCUACGAGGUCGCGUCCUCCGGGGGGGUCUCCACCACCGCUGUUGAGAACGGCUGGAGCUCCGCAAAGGUCGACCGGCUGGUCCAGCAGGCUGCCAGGCCCAUGGUGCGGGGAGGGGACGGUGGAAGGGGUCAGGUGACGGUGACCCCAGCAGCCCGUCAGGCCUACGUUUCCCCUGCAGAUGUGGAUGAUCUGUCCCCGCCCUCCUGUGCCCCACCAUCAGUCCCUUCUAGUCCACCAGCACAGGUCAUCCUCCAGAGGGAGGCCCACCUAGGCAUGAUGCCCCCCACUCCUGCUCCCAUCACAUCCCAGCCCAGYUCCUCGGCCCACCCAAGCAAUGAUCUCUCUUCACAACCCCAAGCCAGCGCKGAGCACCCGCUCACCAUGGUGUUCCUCGGCUACCAGGACGUUGAAGACACGAGCGAGAGCAGGCGGCUGCUCGGCUUCGACGGCGCCGUGAAGGCUGAGGUGGUGCUCAUCGACGAGGACGACGAGAAGUCCCUGCGGGAGAAGACRGUGACCGACAUCUCCCUCGUCGACGGCACCGCGGCCGACCUCGUGUCUGGGCGGCCGGCCACGUCCGAGGCCGUCAGCACGGAACUGUCGUCGGACGGCCGCGAGCCCGACAGCGCGUCGUCGCCCCCCGCCAAUCAGGACGCGAACGCGGCCCCGCCCCCCGGCCUCACCCCCGCCACAGAUUACAUCCAAACUCCAGGUGAUACCAUGCCAUCAGAUGUCUGUGAGGCUMUUGUUCCAAGCAGACAUCCUUACACAUCCAUGAAACCGUGGCGAGCGGCCGAAGAUGUCAGUGACUCUUUACCAAAAGAGCGAGCCCUGAAGAGCGUCAGUUUCCAGGAAUCAGUCAGCUUUAUCUCUGACACGCCUGCAGACAUGGAGCUGGAGAGCCAGCAGAUCCAACAUGGAUGCCUCAGCAGCCCCAGUAACCAAGUACAGACUCCUGACAGUGUGGUGCAGGAGAUUCGCUACCUGGACCAGGUGUUAGACGCAGCCUCAGAGACACCCACCAACGGAAACCCUCCCUCACUGGAGUCCAUUAAACCAAUCAGCAUCAACGGAACCUCUCCAUCUGUGUGCGUGUCGGCCUCCUCUCCUGCCAGUCACCAAUCGGUCUUCAUCGAACAGAGACCCGACACGUUCGUCCACCACCAGGAGGAGUUAUCUGUGAAAACCAACGGGCAYGUGCAGGGAGACGAACCGGGGAGUGGCACGGCCAAGUUUGAGCUGCGAGCUUUUCACGAGGAGAAGCGCCCGGCGAAGCUCUUCACCCCCGGAGAGGAGCAGCAGGUUAGGGUGACGAGAAGACGACCCUCGGAGGAGGUUCAGGAGUUGGAGCGCGAGCGUCAGGAGCUAAUCAGAGACCAGGCCGUAAAGAAGAACCCCGGGAUCGCACAGCGCUGGUGGAACCCUCCACAAGAGGUCCCUUUGGAAGAACAGCUGGACAGAGAGCAGCUCGAGUCUCUCAGGAAAUACCAGGAGAGGAAACAGCAGAAACACAACCACACCUAUGCCUUCACACAGCCCCAGGUGUCAGGUCCGCCCACAAUGGUCUCCUUUGAUCCCGACAUAACCAGGAAGGAGGACAUAGUAGAGGAGCAGAUCGACUUCUCGUCUGCCAGAAAGCAGUUUCUGCAGGCCGAGGCUCCUAAGAAGGAUGUGACUCCUCAGUUAUACUCAGCCAAACCCUUCGCAAAGCCCACGACAAAGAGCAGCACGGGGAGCUGYGACAUCCUUGCAGAAACGGGAGAGGCUCACGUGACUUGGUCUGAUGAAGGUCUCGCGGGAGAAUUUACUUGUGCCCGAGCUGUGAUGACGAUCCUGCGAGAUGAGGAGGAAGGAAAAGGCCGACUUUAUCCAUCUUUUCACCCGGAGGAGUCUGACUCUGGAUUAGAUGAGUUGUCUGUCCGCUCUCAGGACACGACUCUGUUCAGUUUGGAUAAUGUUUCUGACAGCGGUGCUUCUCUACCCCCAACUCCAUUGCCGCUUACCCCGGUGUCGCCUCCCACCCCCCAGCCCACAACUCCAGUCAACGGGCGGACCAACGGCGGUCCGACGGAGGAGGAGCUGGAGUACCACGCUGGGGUUCUCGUCCAAAACGCCAUCCAGAGCGCUCUCGCCGCUCAGAAUGGAGGGGACUCGGACUCGUCUCAGUUGAGCGCCCCCGUGUCCCCGUCUUCACUCUCUACGAGUAGCCCGGUGCCAGUUUCCUCCUCGCCUGUGUCUUCUGCUGGAGCUCCAAGUUUCCAGUCUCCUGUGUCCUCCAGUCCUGCACUGUCCAACCCAUCCCCACAGCCAGACAUGCAGCCACUGGAAAAGGCCGUUUCCCACCAGUUCGAUCAGGUCUCCAGCUCAGCUCACCUUUCACAACUCCAGGCACCUUCUCCUCCGCAAUCUCAGCCCGUUUCGCCCCYACAACGGCCCAGAAACGGAGGCCCCAGGAUCAAAAUCCAGUCCUCAUACACCCGAGCGUUGGCCUCCUCGGCUCCCGCUGCAGCUCCAGCUCCGGUCUCAGCGGCUCCUGUGCCCAGGCCGACCCCGGUCUACCGYCCCCCGUCUCCUCCGAGCCCGGAGAAACCGGAAUUCAGCUACUUCAGCAAAUACUCCGAGGCGGCGGAGCUGCGGAGCACGGCGGUGGCGACUCGAGGCCCCGAAGCGGAGGCGGCCAGCGGCCCGUUCCGCCUGCGCUCCAAAAAGCAGAAAACCCUGUCCAUGAUCGAGGAGGAGAUCCGAGCCGCUCAGCAGAGGGAGGAGGAGCUGAAGAAGCAGAGGGAGACGCAGCCCGCCGCUGCCACCCGACCCAGCAGUACAUCYGUCAACAGUCAGGGUCCUGCGAGGCGAGGAGCGAGGCAGACCAUCUCCCCGGCAGAUAAGAUGAAGAGCAACAGCCUGCCAGCUAAACUCACACUGACUGCACGGACGGCACCAGGAAAGAUUGAGAAAGUUCGCACCGCUCCACCGGUCUCACCCUCACCCUCUGAAGGUGCCCUGUCUGACGCCGGCAGUGAGGACUCUGGAGGAUCGCGACCCAAAAACUUCAUGCAGACACUUCUGGAGGACUAUGAAACACACAAGAUGAAGAGGAAGGAAAAAAUGGAAGACAACAGUUAUGCCCAUUUGUUGCUGGCUAACGAGGUGACCACUGAGGUUCUGGAGGCCACGCGGAUGACCAGGAGGAAAAGCAACAUGGCUCUGAAGUGGGAGGCCGGUAUCUACGCCAAUGAGGAGGGAGAAGAGGAGGAGGAGGAGGAAGAAGAGGAAGAGGAGGAGGAAGAGGAGUGAAUGGAUUUGUUCAUGGACAUUUAGAAGGAAAAAGAGGACAAAGAGGCUGACGGGAAGUGGGAGAAAACGACAAUGAUUUAACCAGUAUUUAUUCUACUAACAGUUUCCUGGUGAGCGCAUGAAAUUCCUCAGGUUUGGGGGGUUUCGGGAGCUGAGGACUGAAGGUGUAACAGUAUGUGAAGUGGCCUGGUCUGUGAGAGUUUGUUGAAGAAUAGAAACACAAGUCAGUGGUGCAGAGGACAUUUUAGAACUGUUUAAAUCUAGAAGGGUCUGAAUAACUUCAUAGGAUUUUUCAUCUAUUUUCACUUUUUAUUACAGAACAGAUCGACUUUCCUGACAAAGUAUUGACGAGUGCUUUUGGCCAUGUGUUCAAAAAUAUCCAAGUGUCAAAAAGAAGAUGCACAAGUGAGUGACUAUAAGAUGUACACGUAUAGAGGCCAAGGGAAAGCACGCCCCACUUUGGGACUUUCUGGGACAUUUUCACCUUUGAUGAUGCUGCAAGAGGACUGCAGUCUUUUUUGAGGAACUGAACCAAAGGCCACCCCUGAGCAAACCUUUUACCCUGUGCUACUUUGUCACACGCAGCCUGCAGAGCAACAACACAUACCACUCUGCUGGAAUGACAAAAUCUGGCAUUCUUUACAGCGUUAAAUCAAAAGUAAAUAGUUAACACCCUUGGAUUGUUAAAUGCUGGUAGGUAAAUCUGCAAAACUAACUUUGCCUUAGAUGCUCGGUAGUUGUUGGUAUAUGAUGUAUUUUAUUUACUACAGUUUCAAUAGACCUUAGAGAGUAAAAACAACCCCAGUAGAUAAAAGGUUUGUCUAUAAUCACUAUUUCUUAUCAUACUGUCCAUAAAGUCAAGAAGGAAAUAUUUGAGGAUGACAGAACUUUUGCGUGUUAAUAAAGGGCUGAGUGAUGGGGUUUAUUCUCUGAAAAAUGACUUUAUUUGCUCACGUGGCUUUGUUUGCUUCUUGAUGUUGCGUCAUGUAAUAUACUGAGGUAGAGUAUGAUGUAUCUGCUCUUUGCUUUGAGGAAAAGGUUUGAUUUAAAGAAAAAAACUUUUUAUACCAAAAACAGAAUGUUAUUUAGAGAAAGGGGGUAAAAACCUGUCCACCUAAGCUUUUAUUUAAGUAGAGAUUGUGUGCAUGGGUUUGCACUCCGUCCCUCACCUGAAACAAGCACACGACAGCAGGAACUGACAGUAAGAGGCUGCGACAACAGAGUCCUGCUUGUUUAGGGGGAUCUAAGUGUUGGACGUUUUUAAACGACAUGUAUUGUAAGUUAUGAUUUUGCGGAAUGAUGUGUUGAUGCUGUUCUUCGACAGGAGCCUGAGCGUGACGAUCAAACAAACAUUAAAACACAUUUUCAUGGCUGCACGAUAUUAUCGGAUAUUGUGAUGCCGUUGCGAUAAAUUGGCAUUUUUCUCUAUUCUCACAAAAAAAAAUCAAAUAGUUUUGGCUGCUAUCAUGUAAAUUGGCUAUUUAAAGCAGUGAGGUUUCAAUCAGGCGUGCACUUUGUGGAUAUUUUUCACACUGUUAUUGUGAUAAAAUUUUCACUAAAUCGUGCAGCCGUGAUUAAUGCACGAAGCUCGGUCUUUAGCUGAGAUUAAAAGUAGCAUUGUGUUGAGAUGGCUCGUUAUUCCAGUUUAACCAGAAAGUGAUACAGUGAUUUUAAGUCUAUUUUAGUCUGUGCAUCGAAGUCUGAGAUUUUUUUUUUGUCUCUGCUAGACUGUUUGAGGAUAAUCAUGUUUCUGUUAACCAAAGGUCAGCUUUGAUCACAUCUGUGUGUCCUGCACAAGUGUCCUUCAGCAAGGCACUGACCUCAGUGACGCACACUGAGGCAAGCUUGCAAGAAAAACAAAUGAAUAAAAAUCCAACGGGACGCUCGUUAACCUUUGACUGUUUUUACUCUUCUAAUAGCAGGGGAGGUGGAAGAGUUUUUGCUGACACAUUAUGUGACUUGGCUGUUUUAUAAUGAGCUCUCUGAAGAAGACAAAGUGCCAGUAAGCACCAGGAGUCAGAGGUAAAAAUCCCCAGGCUGCCUCUGUGUUCACUACUUCAGCUCCAAAACAAGACAAGUGUUAUAUUAUUAUUAUUUUAAAGUAUUUAAAUAAAUCGACUCCUUUUUUUACGAGACUUAAAAGGAAAUAAAAAAGUGAUUUCAACAUAGUUUUACUUGUGUUGAUCUUUAAUUCAAACUGAUGAGCGUGUUUUUUUUUUUUUUUUUUUUUUUUUGGACUGAGCUGCUGCAGCAUAUUGUAAAAUACAGUCCUGACCCCUGCUUAAAACGAACCACAAAUCUAUUUAAAGUUUUCCCACUAUUGCUUUCCGACAAUAUGCACAUGUAGAGGAGUUGCAUUGUGUGAUUUAUUAUUGUUAUUAAUAAUAUGAUGCUUUUUUGUUUGAAUUCGUGGAUAAAGGAUUUUAUUUAUCAUUUUACAUGCUGGUAGCUUGUUUUGGUUUUCCCCCUGCAGAAGCUCCACAGCUUCAGUGUGGGACACCCAGCGUCUAAUGUGUGAUAAUUCAGUUCUAUAAACUAUAACCUGUUUUUUUAUGUUAACCACUUAUAUGCUCAUAUUCUGCUUUUGGUGUUUUAUAGCACAUAUACGGCUCACCAUAUACUCCUACUACAUAUGUCAUGAAUAUUUUCUCAUUAAAAGUAAAACCUGUAAAUGUG